UGUGUUCAAGGCAACAGUUGAUGCUAUUCAGGGAGGACGAGCAGUGCUCUGUCUCUAUGGUUACUCCAACCAGCAGCCAGAUGGGCUGAGCUUUCCUGACGAUGUCACUGAUCCUGAUGUGGGUAAAGUUGCUGCAGUAACACUUGAAGUAAUGAGCCUCAGGAUGGAACUAGAAAUGCUCAUCAAGGAGACUCAUCCUCAUCCGGAGUUCUAUGAGAGGAUCGUUCCUACACUGCGACACAAGGAUGUGGGUUUGAACACCGACACUAUGUCCUGUACCGCCUUCUCCACUUCAGGUCCACACAGUCAGGCCAAGUCUCUGGCUUUGCCCCUGCAGCACCCCUCCUGCACGGACAGCAGCCAUGGACGGUCCCUUUCCACUACCAACAAAAGUGUCAAGCCCACAAAGAAAUGUGCCACCACCUCUAACAAACAUCCAGAGAACUGCACCAUUUGUGGAAUAUUCUGUGUCUCUGCCUACUGCCCGACCUGUCUGCAGGCGCUGUGCUCAGAAUGUGACAGACUGUAUCACUCCCACCCUGAGAGGGCCAGCCACCGUCGCACAGCAGUCACAUCAUCAUCCUCGUCAUCAUCAUCAUCCAAAAGCAGGAGCAGACACAGAAAACCCAUCCCACUAAGUGAGAAGAUGUUCUACCUCAAAAAUUAUCUUGCUGGAGAAGCACGCAAAGCUGUAGAAGGUUUCUUCUAUCAAGAUUCAGAAAGAGCAUACACUGGAGCCUGGAAAGUCUUACAGGACAGAAUCGAGACGAGGCGGUGUCAGAGAAUCAGCUGUUUGGACCGCGAACCAGUCAAGUGA